AUGUCUGCACCCCAACUUGCACAAGAAAUGGCAGCUAGUCUAAGGUCGUCCAAGAAUGAAUUGAGUUCUGUGAAUCAACAACUGGCACAUUUACAAAGACAAGAAAAAUUAGCACAAGUGACCACAAAAGAACUAGAAUCAUAUCCCACCGAAAAAGUAUGGAGAUCAUGCGGUAAGACGUUUAUCUUACAGGAUAAGAGGAGAUAUCUGGAUGAUUUGAGCCAUGACGAAGGGGUGUUAAAGGAACAAAGAAAGAAUUUGGAAAUCAAACAAAAUUAUUUGAAUACUAGUGUCGAGAAGACAAUGGACAAUUUGAGGGAGCUGAUGAAGAAGAGUCAGACCUAG